AUGAUUGCAGUACACCACCACCCCACUGGACUGCUUAAGACAGCUAAAAGUGUUGGAUUUCAAUAUCACGGUAUCACUUUAGCGUUCCGAUAUACUUCUGAAGCAUCUUGUGCAUUUGCUAGUGUUCAACAUCUAGUUAGAGAGGUAGCAGCAGGAUGGGAAUUUAGGAUGUUGCAUGCAACAACUGCUUCUUUCGUCUUCUUGUGUAUCUUAAUACACAUGUCUCGAGGUAUGUAUAACUCCAGCUAUAGUUAUUUAACUACUGCUUGGAUGUCUGGUUUAGUUUUAUAUCUACUUACUAUAGCCACUGCUUUCCUCGGUUAUGUACUACCAUGGGGACAGAUGAGUUUCUGGGGUGCUACAGUCAUUACUAAUCUCCUUUCUCCAAUACCAUAUUUAGUACCUUGGUUACUCGGUGGAUACUAUGUAUCUGAUGUAACAUUAAAACGAUUCUUUGUAUUGCACUUUAUAUUACCUUUUGUAGGUUGCAUUCUAAUUGUAUUACACAUCUUCUAUUUACAUUUAAAUGGUUCUAGUAACCCUGCAGGUAUUGAUUCCGCACUUAAAGUAGCCUUCUAUCCUCAUAUGUUAAUGACCGAUGCUAAAUGUCUAUCCUAUCUAAUUGGUUUAAUUUUCUUACAAACGGCUUUUGGUUUGAUUGAAUUAUCGCACCCAGAUAACUCCAUACCAGUGAACCGGUUUGUAACUCCGCUUCAUAUCGUACCUGAAUGGUACUUUUUAGCAUAUUAUGCGGUGUUAAAAGUAAUCCCAUCCAAAACCGGUUUGUUAGUAUUUAUGUCCUCUCUCAUUAACUUAGCUCUUUUAUCUGAAAUUCGAGCUUUGAAUACUCGAAUGUUGAUACGACAACAUUUUAUGACUCGAAAUGUAGUCAGUGGAUGGGUAAUUAUUUGGGUAUACAGUAUGAUCUUCUUGAUUAUUAUUGGUAGUGCUAUUCCACAAGCGACUUAUAUCUUAUAUGAGACGAUAGCUACUUAUAAUGUGAUAAUAACGAUACAUGGCCUAGCUAUGAUCUUUAUGUUCUUAAUGCCUGCUUUCUAUGUCGAAUUAUCGCACCCAGAUAACUCCAUACCAGUGAACCGGUUUGUAACUCCGCUUCAUAUCGUACCUGAAUGGUACUUUUUAGCAUAUUAUGCGGUGUUAAAAGUAAUCCCAUCCAAAACCGGUGGUUUGUUAGUAUUUAUGUUAUCAACAUGUCAAUGA